AUGGCGAUGUCACGAUUUCUUUCUAAGUCCGCCGCGCGUGCGGCGUCAACCUCCGCCACGGCGACGACCAAGGCCGCCGGCGAUAUCUCAUCGGUGUUCCCCAGCUUGAGGCCCGACUACAAGCCAGAGCCUCUGCCGCCGCGGUUCCGCGAUCUCAAAAUGAGAUUCUUUGAGAAAAAUGAGGAAGCCCUCAGGAAAAGCUGGAAGAGACUGCUCCCUAGCUUGGAAGAGGAAGUUGAAAAGAUCAAGUCAAAAGGUAGUGAUAUCAUUCCUUCAGUCGACUACUCCGAUGUAGUGUCGGGGAAAGUGUCAGAGGCAGCGCUGAAAGAGAUGCGUCACCGCGGCACCGUGGUGAUCCGCAAUGUCCUCCCCCGAGACCAAGCUCUGGACUACAAACAGCGAAUCCGUGACUAUGUGGCUGCGAACCAGGAGCGUGUCAAGGCGUUCCCAUCUGACUCGCCGGCAGUCUACGAGCUCUACUGGACGCCAUCGCAGACCGAAGCCCGGGCACACUCGAACGUGCUCGAUGCCCAGCGCUUCCUGCAGCGCCUGUGGCACUCCUCCGACCCCCAAACAAAACUCUCAACCUCCAACCCACUUACCUAUGCCGACCGGCUGCGGAUCCGGAACCCGGGCGACGCCAAGUUCACCCUCGGUCCGCACAUCGACGGAGGCUCACUCGAGCGCUGGGAGGACCCAGAGUACUCGCGAGUCUACACGCAGAUCCUCGAGGGCAACUGGGAGCAGUAUGAUCCGUGGGACGCAAAGCACCGGCUGUACGCCAAAAUGGACCUGUACAAUGGGGCCGGUGCCUGUUCGAUGCUUCGAUUCUUCCAGGGCUGGCUGUCCAUGUCGGACACGGCGCCUGGCGAGGGAUCACUGCAUGUAUGUCCCAUGCUCAUCCACAGCACGGCCUAUACCAUCCUGCGGCCCUUCUUCGACGUCCUAAGCCAGCAGCCCGCUCUAGACGCCACCUUCCCCGGCUCUGUUCCCGGCGCUUGUCAAGAGUAUAACCCCAUCACUCACCCGCAUCUCGACCUGGAGUCGACUAUGGUGUCGGUGCCACGCGUUGAGCCCGGAGAUUUCGUCGCGUGGCACUGCGACUCCCUGCACUCGGUCGAUAAGGAGCACCGCGGGUCUAAAGAUUCCAGUGUCCUCUAUAUCCCUGCUACUCCGCUGUGCGACAUGAAUGUCGACUACCUCCUCAAGCAGCGCCAGGCUGCGCUCGGCUACUCCCCACCGUGGGAUUUCCCGGGCGCUGGUGGUUCUGGUGAGUUGGGUUUCCAGGGUGCUACGGACUGGUCGUCUCUCAGCCCUGAAGGCCAGCGUGCUAUGGGUUUGGGUAACAAGCCCUGGGAGGUUACAGAUGCCAUGAGCGAGGGUGAGCAGGAGGCUGUGCGUUCGGCCAACAAGACUUGCUUCGGAGUGUAA